AUGUCUCCCAAGACGGCCUCGUCUCCAGCCUCCCAGGGGACCAGCGAGGGAGAGCCGGUCUUCUCGGGCAUCUGCGACGACGACGCCUGCUCCUUCUCGUCCUCACCCUCGCUGGCCGCCGGCAGCCUGCCUGCCUCUCCAAGGCCCUGCCGCUUUCAGCGGGCGACGGGAGAGCGGCCGCCCUCGCCCUCGGAAGGCGGCUGUCCUGCCAGGAAAGCGAAAGGCCGUCGGGGCCGCGGCAAAGGCGAAGGGCUGGGGCUGAGCAAGGCCAAGAGGAGCCGCCGCAUGAAGGCCAACGACCGCGAGCGGAAUCGGAUGCACAACCUGAACUCGGCCCUGGACGCCCUGCGCGGCGUCUUGCCCACCUUCCCCGACGACGCCAAGCUGACCAAGAUCGAGACGCUCCGCUUCGCCCACAACUACAUCUGGGCCCUCACCGAGACCCUCCGCCUGGCCGACCAGAGCGUCCUGGGCGCCGGGCCCAGCCCCGAGGGCGCUUUCCAGUCGCUCGGCACCUGCGGCGGCGGCGGCCCCGACAGCCUGGCCCUUUGGCCCGGCCAGUGGGACUCGCUUUACUCGCCCGCCUCGCCAGAGGGCAGCCUCAGCCCUGCCGAGUCUACGAAAGGGGGACGCCUCCUCCAGGCUCCCGGAGGAGGCGGCGGCGGGGCCCCGGCAGGCUGCCUCAGGCACGCGGCCUUCGCCGACUUCAUGUGA